AUGCAGGGUGCUUUUAAUCUCCAACCGAACCCGACGCAACCCGUUCAACCCCAACCGAUCCCGACGCAACUCUUUCAACAAUCCGAACCCGACGAGGAUGUGGAAGUUGUUCCCGAAACCCAACCACAAAAAGAAAAAUGCAAACGAAGAAAAGGCAAGCAAGUAGUGGGUGAGCAACCGUCCAAACCAAAGGCGAAACUGUGGAUGCCAAUCGAAGAAGAAGCCUUAGCUAAGGCUUACAUAGGUAAUAAUCAAACGGGUGACGAUUUUUGGAAGGCGGUUUUGGCGAAGUUCCUUGGACUAAUGGACCAAGGCCCGUAUCGAGAUAUCGACUCAGUGUCAUCAAAGUGGCGAAAAAUGAACGGGUUCGUCAAUAAGUUUUGCGAUGAAUAUAAUAAAAUAUAUUCAAGUGGGCGUCGUAGCGGCAUGAGCGACGAGGAUGUGUUUAAAAAGGCGAUGGAGAUGUACAAGUCGAACAAUGGCAAUACCUCAUUCGCACACGUUCGCGCGUGGGAAAUUUUGCGAACGCACCCAAAAUGGGCGCCGAUUCCCAACGAGGUGGAGAUGGCGAAGCGGCAAAGGACAUCGGAAUCAGGUAGUUUUAGCGCCGGUGGAUCGGACGCGAGGUGUCACAUAAACUUAGACGAUGACGCCGAGUUCGACGAAGAAGAAUACGCCCUACAUGAAGCGGAGCGUCCCCCGGGCCGGGACAAAUCAAAGAAGGAGCGGACGAAGGAGAAAGAAAAGAAAAAGGUAGACCUGAAGAUGGACGAGUUUAUGGCACAAUUUAAAACGUACACCGAGGUCUCGGCCCAAAAGGCGAAGGCGAAGGAGCGGGCCGUCAAAGAAAAGUCUCGUGUGGCGGGAGAAAAGUUACGCGAAAAGAUCCGAUUGUCCGAUGAAAAAAAUCUGAUUGUCCGAUGA